UAGAGCAGGAAUGCUUGAGCACUGACAUCAGCUCAGAUAAGAGGCAACGUUCGGAGGAGAGAAGCUGGUGGUCUCACGCAAAAAAAAAAACAAAAACCAAAAACAGAAAACAAAUGGCGAUGGCCGCGUGACGCUUCUCCUCUGACUGAAGCUACUUUUGACGCUUGAUAAACUUUUUUGGGGGAGAAUCGAUUGCUUCCCGGGAGACCAGAGUGGAGGUGGUGCGGCGCUUGGAGAGUAUGAUGGUGCUGGACAAGGAGGACAGUGUGUCCCUGGUGUCCCUCCAGUCCAGAGAGAAGCCUCGAGGCUGCGCUGGCUGCAACGGGAAGAUCAGGGACCGCUUCAUGCUGCAGGCGCUGGACCGCUACUGGCACGAGGACUGUCUCAAGUGCACCUGCUGCGACUGCCGGCUGGGCCGGGUGGGCUCCACCCUCUACACCCGAGCCAACCUCAUCCUGUGCCGCCAGGACUACCUCAGGCUGUUCGGUGUGACGGGGAAAUGCGCCGCCUGCACUAAGCUGAUCCCCGCGUUUGAGAUGGUGAUGAGGGCGCGGGACAACGUUUACCACCUGGACUGUUUCGCCUGUCAGCUCUGCCGACAGCGUUUUUGCGUUGGCGACCGAUUCUUCCUGAAGAACAACAUGAUCCUGUGCCAGCUGGAUUAUGAGGGGGGCCAUCUCAAUGGCGGCGCAGAAAGGCCGGCGCAGUGACGGGUGAAGAAAUGGGCCGCCGAAAAACAUUUUAGACCUUCUCCAGCCCGUUGUCGAACUCUUUGUUGGCAAAAAUUGUCAGAAGUGACAACGAAGUCAAGACACGGCUACAAAACUAAAGAUGAGCCGACACCUAAAGGAUGUGGAUCCCCAUCUUGGGGCAUCCCCACCAUCUUGGAUCUAACAUCAAGACCACAUGUAAUAGUUCUUUUUUUUUUUUUUUUUUUUAAAGAAACAGUACAACUUUGUUUUAAGAUUAAUUGACCUAUCUGGCACACCGGGUGUGCCCCCCCCCCAAAAAAAAAAAAAAACAGAGGACAAUCAAUUUAUUCUUCAUUGCCACCAAAGAUGGUUUCAUGUGUCCUUUUUUUAAAAAUUCAUUUUUCUUCUCCACUGAAACUCUAUCAGAAUAGUUUAGCCAAUAAAUAAUAAGUAUGAUGUAUAGUAUUCAUUAUUUAUAUCUCAUUUGUCAAAACAAAUUAAUGUUUCCAUGUUAAAAAAAGAA